GUCUCGAUACGGCUCAGAUGGGCGUUUAACAGAGGAAAACGAUAUGCUGCGAAAGUUGAUUGAUGAAGCUGGUACAAAACUUGUCGCCUACAGUGAGGAGGCAACCGAUGUUCCGUCAGACUUAUUGCAAGGCAUUGCAUUAUGCACGGCAGAUGAUGUGGUUUUGACCAAUUGGCAAAUAGAUCUUAUCAACAGUCAGGCCGUGCUGCGAGGAAAAGAAAGUGAUGGAUUUGUAUUGCUUACAGCUGCUCGUGCAUCUGUAACGCAUCGAAUUCAUUCACUUGUCUGGAAGAAAUCCCAACUUUUGAGGAAGAAAUCUUGGUGUGCAACGCUUUCUGGCAUGCAGUACUUUGCACCGUUAUUGAUGGCGCAGCAUCCUAACAGUCAGCAGCAGCAGCAACAGCAGCAAAGAUCUCCGUCGGAGCAGAUUCCCGAAGGUUUCCACUGGUUGAAUCGUGAUAUCAUUGAGGAGAAAACGUGUAGUGACCCGAGUAUCAGCGAUCGCUUGAACAAUUACAUCAGUACUGGGGAAGCAGUGGGUGGCGUCGUUGUGGACCAUGGAUGUGUUGGACAGGCAGAAAGGAAAUUGCAGCUCCAGCGGGUGGUGUCGCGGUGCAGCUGCCAAAUGUAUUUUUGCUACUUCUCGGACACGCUCGACUUUGAUGCGCAUAAUAUCUCAGUAUGUCGACCAAGUGAGCAAGGUGAAAUAUGGGGGCAACCGGAACCUGUCGACUGCUUCACUUUAAAGCACAAUAUGCUGGAGGCGGAAUUGCGUGACAUCAUUGCAGUGACUCGUUCUCUCGAAAGGCGUUCAUUUUUUCUUAACAGGCAGUUACAAGAAACUCCUAAUGACGAAGCCAUUCUGGAGGCGACCAGGGCUGUGACAGCAGAAAUUGAAGAACAGAAGAAGAAUCAGGUCGUACUGAGUGACGAACUGGCAAUGACAAUAAGGUUUUUGCUCAUCUUUUGCAAGAAUUUUAUUUGCGCCAAAAGUCGCGAGUUUUAUCUCUGUGCUAAUACUGGAUCCAGCUGGCUUGUUUUAUGUCAGUUAAUGAUACUCAGGUUUAGGACAGUCUGAUG